ACCAACCGCAUAUAUCAAGCAAGCAACAUCCAGCAACGGACAGCUGGGCUCUGUUCUAUUCUUACACUCGGCACUGAUUACUAUAGAACCUCAUUUGCAACCUCCUAUACUUCGGCCGACAAAAAGUUCGAUUUAUCAGCAGAAACGCGUCAUAUUACCCCGACACUCAGCACACGCAGUGCAUCAGCACUUGAGCUUUUAUGGCGACCGCCUACGACACUCUGCACUACGAGCAGUAUUUUUUAAUGGCGGGCGACAACCUGGACCCAUUAGAGGCGCAGCUGCACCAAGAGCUGUAUGGAGAGGAUCCGAUGUUUAUCCCCCUAACAUUGCACGAUCUGCCACAUAGUGUGGAGGCAGAAAAUGAGGAGAAUCCCGACUCUCUGGAAGAUGUACUUUACGGAGAAGAAGAACGUCUAGCACAAGUUGAUGCGCUGCCUCCACCUGCUGUUGAUGGUCAUUCCGAACCUGUGCAGGGUGCCAAAACGAUUCAGGUCCUCGGGCCAGCUGAGACCACGACAGCGCAUGAAGGACAUGAUGCAGACUUACUCGAGGAUGACGAACAAGAAUUUGAAGAAGAAGAAACUGUAGCUCCGACGAAUGAUGUCCCUCCGGCAGCACAAACUGUUGGUCCUUCUACUCUGCCGGCCCCGUCUUCGCCAGACGCAUUCGACACAAACUCGCCUGCAUUACACGCGUAUCUAGAAGAGGCUUCUCAACCUUGUCCUAUGCUUAUCGUCUUACCCGGACGUGAGGACCCGUUCCACCUUUGCUCGAGCGAGGAGCCGUCUGUGCUUGCGUCACGACAAGACUUGUACCGAAGAUCGAUUGCGGAGCUUUUCGCCGCCCUGAGAAUAGAGCCCUUGAUGCGUGAUAGGUUUAAGAAUGACUGGAAGGAGAUGACGCUCUCUAUUCCGGCCCUUGAAUUGGUAUUGCAUGAGGAUGAUCCCUAUUCCUAUCAAUUCAGCUUGGAACAAUUCGCUGCCCUUCAUCUGGCAUUUUGUCCAGGUCCCGUGACGUUCGUUCUAGACGAGCAGUACAGGUUUGAAUAUCGUCUCCAGCCGUAUCAAACUGAAAUGCAGCGACGACUGAAUGCAGGUGAAAAUAUCGCAUAUUCUGAGCCGUUCAACCCAGAAUCCGUUAUCCUGCCAGCAAUUGCCACUCCAUCCACUGUGACUAACGCAGGCGUCCAUGAGGAAGUAGCUGAGGUUUUGCCUGAGGUGGAAGACGAGUACUAUGUGGAAGAGGAUGAUCAAUUGGAAAACAGCGAAGCCUUGCACCAUCGCGAAGCUGGUGAGGCAGACGCGAACUACGACGAUACUGAGAACGACGAGGCAUUCUACCAAGAUGAGGAAGGUAACGUCCACGAGGACUAUCAGCACUAUCAGCCACAACCCCACCUACGCGGCAUCCUGCAAAAAUUGAACGAAAAUGAUGCAGAGAACGAUCAUCAAGACGAGGCAGGCAUCGCACCGGCUGUCAGCAAAGAACAAGUCAGCGAACCACACCAAAUCGAGUCGGAAACUCAACAUCAGAUUGACAUCACUGAAGAGGAAGUAUACCAAGCUCCUAUCGAGGUGGUACGUAAUGGGGUUGUUGAAGAGCCACAGGAGGGUUAUGACAAUACCGCUGAUGAUGACGGUCGAUCAAUUGAUGAAGGUGAAGUGGAGGAAGAAAGUUUCGUUCGUGUUGAGACCGUCGACAUUUCGGAUCAUGACAGUGAUGUUGAAGGUCUUGUAGAGGAACCUGAAGAGGUUGAAACUAACACCGACGGUGACUAUACCGAAAAAGUUGAAUAUGAAUAUGUAGAUGAAGACGGGACUGUGCUAGUUCAAGGUUAUGACACCAUUGCUGCCCUGGAUGACUAUACGGCGGAAACGACUGUCGAAGAACCCGGGGUCACGGCAUUGCCAACAAACGCCCCCGAUGAAUCACCUGAAUUGCUUGAAGGCGCAGGAUUGUCUUUCGAUCACCAAGUUGACGAUACUCUGGAGUUGCCCACCAGGAACGAUGUGACUGAGACUCUUCUGGACGAGUUCGAUCUCGAAGCAGCUCUGAGCGAUGAGUACCAUCCUGUCACCAGCAAAGAAAUUGUGGAUGACGAGAUCGGAGAUCAUCUGGCUCAUCUCCAAGAUGAUACGGCAUUUAAUACAGUGACUACCCAACUUGAAGCAGUGCCUGAGGAUUACGAUGAUUAUGGCUUAGCGGCAACGCAAGAUGGCGCUGCCGCGGCCGGUUCACCCGCUGACGCCGAAAAUGACCAGUCACCGAUUAGCGUUUCGGGUGUGAAACGUGCUUGGGAGACUGUCGUCGACGAUGAGAACGAUGAAUUAGGGGGCCACGAUACCUCCGACUCACAUAAGCGACCUCGCGUGGCAUGAACAACCCUCACCAGUCUCUCUUCCUCUCUUUUUGGCUUGUCCUCCACAAUCGACCUGGGACCUUUGGCGUCUAAGAACCAUGCAUUUCUCUGUCUGGACUCGCGAUUAUUUCUAACCACGCAUGCAUCUCACCCGUACAUCCUUUCGAAACAGAUGAACCCUCUCGGAAAAAAAGAGGAGAAUGCCAAGAUUGGCAAGGUCUAAUUGGUGCGUGAUGUAUCUGCUACUGACAUUAGCGAUUCUUUCGAGUCCAGCGGUCGGUCAUCUAGCGUCUCUUGGUCCUGUCUGGCAACCUCCCUGCAGUACGUUUCGAUUUCCCGUCCUUCAAUAUAUCGGCUACACAUACUCUCCCUACCUAAUCCCCACGCCUUUCGUUGCAAGCACAUCAUAGUCGUGUAACGAUCGAAGC